AUGGAGCACAACUUGUGGCUUGAACAUUGUGUCCUGGAUGUUGUGUCUAUGGACACAACUUCUUGGACAAACGUUGUGUCCAUGGACUCAACUUCCAUGACACACGUUGUGUCCAUGGACACAACGUUUGUCCAAGAAGUUUUGGAUGCAACGUCCAGGCCACACUUAACUACUUUAACAGCCAUACAGUCCAACAAAAUGGUGGAAACAAAAUCCGUCCUCUCAACAAUAGGCGCAGUGGCGGCGGCGGCAGUGGUGAUGCGGUCCAUUAUCGACGACUUCCUCCCCUACGAAAUCCGUGACUAUCUUUUAUCCUACCUUCACUCCAUUUUCAGCCGUAGAUUCUCCUUGGAGAUCACAAUGAUCAUCGAGGACAUCGUUGGCCCUAAGACGAAUGAAAUCUUCGAGGCCGCACAACUCUACAUCGGAGCCCGCACCAAAAUCACCUCCUCUUCGUCCACAAUACCAACCCGCCUCAAGGUCCGUAAGCCCGACAAACAACUUUUGCUCAGCGUUCAUCAAAAUGAAGAGUUUGUCGACGAAUUCCAAGGGAUAGAAUUUCGGUGGAUGUUACACUAUCAACACGUUGAUGAGAGCUUCUUGAGGGGUUUUAGAUAUAGAUUUAAGCGAAUGACCUCUCGUAGCCACGCAUAUUUCUUCCACUUAACAUUUAACAAGAAAUAUAUAGACAUUGUAAUAGAAAAGUAUCUCCCACAUAUUAUAAAGGAGUUGGAGCUUCACAAACAAGAGACAAAAACAAUCAAGCUUUGUACGAUAAAUAAUCCAGAAAACUUAUCGUACUGCGACUUGCCGGAAGUGUGGGAGUCUAUUAGUUUAAAUCACCCGGCCACCUUCGAGACACUUGCGAUGGAUUCCGGGUUAAAAGAGAUGAUCUUAGAGGAUCUAGAGAAGUUCUUAAGAAGAAAGGAGUUUUAUCGGUGUGUCGGCAAAGCAUGGAAGAGGGGCUACUUGCUUUAUGGGCCUCCAGGAACGGGGAAGUCUAGCUUGAUUGCAGCAAUGGCGAAUUACUUGAAUUUUGAUGUAUAUGAUUUGCAGUUGAACGGGAUCAAGUAUGAUUUCGACCUCCGGAAAGCGUUGUUGAGCACGGCAAAUAAGUCAAUAACGGUGGUGGAGGAUAUCGACUGUUGUAUAGAGUUCAACGACACGGAUGAUGAUGGUGUUGGUGAUGGUGAUGGUGAUGGUGGUCCGAUAAAAAAGGUAACACUGUCUGGAUUACUCAACUUCAUCGAUGGUUUAUGGUCAAGUUGUGGGGACGAGCGAAUCUUUAUAUUUACCACAAACCACAAAGACAAGUUAGACCCAGCCUUACUACGUCCAGGACGCAUGGACCUACACAGUCACAUGUCUUACUGCACUCCUUGUGGCUUCAAAGUCCUUGCUAAGAACUACCUCGGCAUAAAUCAUCAUGAACUCUUCUCGGAUGUUGAGAACUUGAUCAGGGAAACCAAUGUCACUCCAGCAGAAGUUGCCCAACAAUUGAUGAAGCACAACGCUGUUGAUCCUAAGCUAAAAGGAUUAAUUAAAUUUAUCAUGCAAAAGAAAGAAGUAAAUAAUGCAAGAGAAAAGGCUAAGAAAUUAGAGGAUGAGUCUGAAUAAAAAUUCAUUCGAAUAGAAGCCGGCUAAAUAAUCACAAAUGAACAUUGCUGUCAUGUACUUAAAAAUGGAUGCUUGUACAAACAUAUAUUUUUGGAUGUUCAACAACAAAAUUACGAAUGUGCAAACA